UUAAAAAAGAAAUAAGAAAAAGAAAGAGUGUGGAAACAGAGGCAGAGAGAGGUUUCAGUAAAUUACCAAACAUGACACAGCCAUUAAGUGGUGGAAGAGGGAUUUGAACCAGGACACUCAGGUUCUGGAACCCAUGUUUGUAGCCAGUACACUGUUCUUCAGCGACAGAGAGAUGGGUCAGUUUUGGCUUGGGGAGAACCCUCUCUUGGCCCAGUCUAGGUGGUUGAUUCAGAGACACCAAAGAUUGAAACUUGUGAUAUGUUUGGAAGCACUUGUCCACUGUCUAAUAAACAGUGACACUGGUGGCAUCUUCUGGAUAGGGGCCAGCUAUGGAGCAUUUGCUUGGCACCAUCUCUGGAUUCAAACAGCAAUGUGUUUCUGGGGAAUGAGUGGCAGGUACCAUGUUGGGCCCCGAAGGUGGCAAGAAGAAACCCCUGAAGCAGCCCAAGAAACAGGUUGAGGAGAUGGAGGAGGAAGAUAAGGCAUUGAAGAAGAAACAGAAGGAGGAGCAGAAGAAACUUGAGGAACUAAAAGCGAGGGCCUCAGGGAAAGGCCCCCUGGCCACAGCUGGAAUUAAGAAAUCUGGCAAAAAUUGGUUGUGCCUGAGGCAAUGACGAUUCCAUUCCUGUAUAAACAUCUGGAUUCCCCACCAUAAUAUUUGUUGCCACUUAUAGCUAGAAUGAAGUGUUAUCUUGGAACCUAUUGUACAUUGAAGAAUAAACUUUUGUAAAAAAGAAGAAAGAAGGAAAGAAAGAAGGAAGGAAGGAACGGGGAAAAGAAGGAAGGAAGGGAGAGAGAGACAGAAAGACAGACAGAUAGACAGUAGCUCAUUUCAUUUUUUGUUCUUCUCAGCCAUUUCUACCUUAGUUAUAAGGUCUGCAUAAACCCAGCCCAGCAUCCUGCCAUAGUCUUUAUGCUAUCCUGAAUUCUAUACCACCUGGAAUUAAACCAACUCAUUUGAAAUGGAAAAAAAAAAUCAGUGUGUCAAAUCUCUGUGUUGGCCUUAGACCAGACUACUGGGGAAAUUGGCAUGAGAAGCCCCCAAGCCAGUGGCUAGUGGCAGAUAUGUCAUGGGGGCAAAUGUGCUCCUCGGGACUGCUGUUGACAAAGACUCAGAUUUAGAGAAGCCUGCCUCAGUCAGAUCAAGCUGCCACAACAAAACACCAGACUAGCACUGAGUGGGUAAACAAUAGGAAUUUAUUUCUCACAGUUCUAGAGACUAGAAGCCCAAGAUCAAUGUGCUGGCAAGGUUGGCAUCUAGUGAGGGCUCUCCCUCUUGGUUGCAGAUGGCCACCUUCUUGCUGUGUCCUCACAUGACCCUUGCUCCAUGUGUGAGGAUGAAGAGGGGGAGAGGAAGUCAGCUCCUGUAUCUCUUCCCAUAAGGACACUAAUCCCAUCCCAAAGGUCCCACCCUUAGGAUUUCAUCUAAACCUAAUUACCAUCUCUAAAUACUAUCAUAUUAAGGGUUAAGGUUUCAACAUAUGAACUCUGGGAAGACACAAUUCAGUCCAUAGCAAACACUUCUGCUCACAGCAAAGUGGCAAGAAUGAGUAGCUCCACUACUCCCCCCACAACCACAGGGCACCAGGAAGUCAACCCUUCUUUAUGCAAAGCAGGCAUAGUGACCCACACCCAGCUUUCCAGCGAGGGUGACUGGGUGGCUGCUACUGCCUUUUAGCAAGUCACAGAACCCUGGGGCAGGAGCACAGCUGAAGGAAAGAUCAUGCUAAUGACUUUCAUUGAAAAGUUACCCUGAGUCAGGCCCUAUGAUACCUUCCGUAUAUGAUCUAAUAUAAUUGUCACAGUACAUGUAUAGGGGAGGUGUUGUCACCCCCUUGUACAGGUUAAUUUGCACAAAAAUCAUGAUUGGAUUGAGUGUCUUUUAUGUGCCUAGAUAUGCUCUAUACAGCAGGAAAUAGCAGUAAACAAAACCAACCAAAUCUUUGAGCUUGCAUUUUACUGUAGAACAUGGACAAACAAAUAUAAUGCGAUCCAAUGAUGUCAACUUACAAGGAGAUUUGGAUUCCUCAAGCCCUCAUCUGAUCACCUGGAUCCAGCCAUACCUGCAGUUCCCCUGGACUUCUCAUUUAAUAAGCCUACAGUUGUUCUGCAUUUCUUUCCCCAUAAUAAAAGGGGCCCUGAUCGAAGCAAUAUUAUCCCCAUGAAAUAUCAUCCUCCAGAAGUAACUUAUCUUUGGUCACAGACCUAGUCAUGCACAAAGAUUCAAGCCCAAAUCCAACUGUGUCUAGUGGUGACGGUCUUUGAAAAAAGCUUUCAGAGUUAGGCUGAGGGAAGCAAAGUAACAAGCUCUGUGCAAGAUGUGAUUUGCAGAGCUUGAAAUCAUCCAGCAAGGCAAUCUGAUUUAAGAAGGCCCAAAUUGCAAGCAAUCUCCACAAUUUCCUGGAAUCGUCACCUUGCACCUCCCAGGGCCAGAUCGUCCAUGGACCAUGACAGUUCUGUUAUCAGGCUUGGCAGGAUGCAAGCUGUCACUACGACUGCCAGUCCAAAUAGGUGGUGAGGUACAGGAGAAGGUAAUUUUCUUCCCUCUCUCUUCCUGAGGAGCGGCUCCUCAGCUGCCAUAGGGACAACCUUGUUGGGGGUGGGAGACCCUCAGGAGAGAAAAGGGAACCAAUAUCACCAAAAACUACCAGAAGCUCAUCUUCCUUCAUUUAAUCCUAAUGCCCACCCCCCGAUUCUCAAUGGCUUUCCCAUACCUGGAGCUUUCAGGUGUUCAUAGAUGCUCCAUGACAAAGAUGGUCAAUGGCCAAGUAAGUUUUGGUGAGGCCGAGCUAAGCAACCAUGAACUGACUUCCCCACCACAGUGUUUCUCAGUGCCCUUCCUAUGCUAAUACAAACAGCAGGAAGAAAGAAAAGACAUUCCCCCAACACCGCAACUCCAGAAAGGACUUGGUGUGGGAUAAAUCUUUUUUUUGGCUUUUUAGGGCUGUACCCAUUGACA